UUAUUUUGGAAAGUGAAACCUAUAAAGUCUGAGGCUCCUUCAUUUGAUUCCAACAAAAUUAAUACUAACAUCUUCCAAUAAAGACAUUUGUGACUAAUCAUAACGAUGUCGAUAGAGAAAAAGGCGAUGCAGCGGAUCGAGAAGGAGUUCAAGGAUAUGACUUCGAAAGACUCCUUGUACAGCAUCGGUAGAGACUCGAACAAUUUGUUCAAAUGGAAUGCGAUGAUUCAAGGUCCAGAGGGUACUCCAUACGCCGGUGGCAUGUUUAGCAUCGACAUUAAAUUUCCUAAAAAUUAUCCUUUUACAGCACCCAAGUUUACGUUCAAAACUCAGAUUUAUCAUCCAAAUAUCAAUUCCGAAGGAUCUAUAUGCCUUGAUAUUCUUAAAGACAAGUGGUCUCCCCCUCUUACGGUUGAAAAGGUGCUUUUAUCCAUCACUUCAUUAUUGGCGGACCCAAACCCAGAUGAUCCUCUGGUGGGAGAAAUUGGAGAGCUCUUCAAAAGUAACAAGUUUCUAUUUAAUCAGAGAGCUCGAGAAUGGACUGAACGGCAUGCUUAAAUAUUAAUAGCUGUUUUAAGAAAAGUAGUAGUUUUUAUGAAUAAAAAUAAGAAUAUUAAUAGCUGUUUUCUUUUUUCAAAUUAAUCAUACAAAUAGUUACCAACAGCUUUGAAUGAUAUGUUAUUGUGGAUUUCUUAUAUAUUAUAAAAAGUUAUAAGCAUUUUAGAUUUUUUAUUAUGUUCAAAAUACAUAAUAUAUAUUUUAAUUAAGACUAGAUUUUGAUCUCUGUUUUCAACAUGUAUGAUUAUUUUUUUAGCUGUGUAGAAAAUUUUAGAGUUCGCCCUAGCAUGUUUUCUCCAAGAAUCUCCAAGACACGACUUGCGAGACAGCUGCAUGUUGCUCUCGUCGUUUUAAUCUUCUUCUCUGGUUGUCUACUCGUUUUUUCGGUGUGGGAACCAAAAUUUGAACUGUCGAUUUUAGUAAAUUAAGAAAAAUAGAGAUUCUUGAUUUUCCUUGAGGAUACAAAUUCUCUGCGAGGGCUAAUGACAAAUUAUCAAAUAAGUGCGGAAAAUUCAUAAAGACAAUAAAAGGAAUCUAGAAAAGAUAUAUCUUUAUUUCGAAUCCACGUAAGAGUGUAGCGAAUUUAUAAUAGGUUAUAAGAGCUACGGCCGCAAGAGCUGUCAGCGAGCUCUUUAAUUCUAGCCAUUAAAACCCUAACCAUAUUUUGAGUCACAGCUCGAUAACAAAAGACGAAAGAGAUGCGGAAAAUAUUUUACUGAUUUUUGAAUGGACCUUAUUAAAGGCUGCCUAUGUACCCCUUUCGAGGAAAGCCGAACAUAUUUCAGUUUACAAAGUUUGAACAAACGAUCGAACUGCCUUUGCUAGUUCGUCUAGUAAUCAAGUGCAAGACAUAGAAAAUUAAGCAUGUCAAAAAUAAUGCCUAAGAGUUCUAAGUGUAGAGAGUUCUAAGACUCUAAAAAUCAUCCUUGUGCUCCUUGCCUUGGCUUCUUUCAAAGUCGGCCAUCUUUCCUUUCUGCCCCGAUUCGAGUUUAUCUUUGCGGGAGUUUUCCUUAUCUUCUCAACCUUCAUGUUUAUUUUGGAAGUUUUGCAUUUAUCUUCUUCUCCAUUUAUUUUUCCUACCAAAAUAUAAUAAACCUUCACUAUUCUCUGGGCCUAUUCCUGUAUUGAAUCAUAAGUUGGCUUUCGUCGCGUUUUAGACCUUCUCGGGCCGUUUUCAACCUAAAAGUUGUUACAAUUAUUUUUGGAGAAAUCAUGGACUUAUACGAUGUUGGUUCCUACCUCAUUGGUCCUAUGGAAUGUUGGAAACCAAUCAUUUAAUCUAUACAUAAAUGGUGUUAAGUUAACCAUUAUUGCCUUAUACGAUCGAUUCGAACUUUUACGAGAAAACAAGCCCUUGUUGUUUUUAUCGUAAAAUCCAAGGUUUUGAAAACCGGACCGGACCGGCCGGUCGAACCGGACCGACCGUGACUCGUUAAAGAAGCCGAGUCCGGUUCGGUUUAAAACCCGGAUUUGAGAAAAACCGGUGAAACCGGCUAAAAACCGGUAAAACCGGUGACCCGGUUCAAUUUCGAAACCCGGUUCAAUAGAAAUCAACAUAUAAUUAAUGUAUUUUCAAUUGUUAUUAAAAUAUAAUAUUUCAUAAUUAAUGUUUAUAUUUACUAUUUAAUUAGUUUUCUAAUUGAUUCUUUUUUUAAAAGAAAUGUUUUUAAAAAAAUCUCUUUUUGACUCUCAUAUUUUAUUCUCAUUUUUCUAUAUUCAUAAAAUUUAUGACUUUUAGUUGUAAAAAUAAAUAAAUAUGUAAUUUAAACGGUCAUUCAUUUUUUUUAAUCAAUUUUAGUUGAUAUAGUAUUCACUUGUAUAUAUAACUAAACUUAUGGUUAUUGUUUAUUAUCUAAUUAAUGAAAGAGAACAUAGAACAUAUUAUAUGUAGAACUACAUUUUAGGUCUAUAUAGUGUAAAUAUAUGAUUAUUUAGAUUUAUUUAUUUUUAAAUAGAAAAUCCGGUUCGACCACUUAACCAGUAGCUUUACCGAGUCGGUAUCCGGUCCGGUUUUUAAAACAUUGGUAAAAUCUCAACGGAAACUCCGAUUGACACAAAUUGAGAGACAUUUUGAUCUAGAUUCAAAGGAGAACACAGUGAGAGUCUCAAUAAGCCCCAUAGAGAUCAUUGAGAGCUAUGUUGGCGAUUUGAGAACUCAUGUGACCUAUGUGGGCGAUUUGAGAACACAUGCGAGCUAUGUGGGUGAUUGGAGAACUUAUGUGAGCUAUGUGGGUGAUUUGAGAACUCAUAUGAGUUAUGUGGGAGAUUUGAGAAGUAACGAAAUGAGGAUAGAGAGGCUAUGAGGGCGAUUUGAGCCAAGGACUGAGGAAAGAGAGGCUAUUUGAGCCAAGGAUUGAGGAGAGAGAGGCUAUGUGGGCGAUUUGGAGCCAAGGAGUGAGGAGAGAGAGAGAGAGAGAGAGAGAGAGAGAGAGAGAGGCUAUGUGGGUGAUUUGGAGAAGCUAGGAUGCUAUGUGGUAGAUUUGAAGAUGGUUAGAUCCUUUUUCUUGCUCCUAAUGCCUCUGUUGGUUGCUUACGUGAACUUACAUAACUACUUGGUUUGUUUACGUAAGUUUUUCCAUAUAGAUCUCCAGAAGUUUUAUAGCAAAAGAUUAUCUUACAAAAUUUCCUAUAAGGUUUUUCCACGGAAAAUUUCCAAAUUUUUUCUUGUGGAACAUUGUUUUAUCGCAAAAACCUUCUGAAAGAACGUGUUUUCGAUCUUUUCAUGUUUGGAUAUAUACUUUUUCAUUUUUUGCACGGGAUGAAAUACACGGAGUUUUGUUCUCGUAUCCUUAUUUAAGUAGGCUUGGCUUAUGCAAUGUAGUUUCUUCGACAUUUCCAGCUCAUAUCUACCUAUGGCAUAUUUCUCAGAAGAUUUUAGCCGUUGAUUUUGCCAUGACCGAUUUACGCGAUUUAAGUAUAAUCUAGAUAGUCAUGGUACAAAUUGAUUUUCGUAUAGAUGGAUAUGGUUACAAUUAUUUUGGACUUAAAUGGUUUAUUACGGUUUUGUAUAACCAUUGAAAUUUGAUUAAAUAUAGUAAUUUUUUCUCAAAAGAAUAAUUAAGGGCUAUUUAGCUGUAUAUACAUAGAAAAUAAGUUAAUUAGGUGACAAUGUAUUAUCUUAUUGGCUUUGCAUACCUGGUAAGAAAGAGAAGGAGAGAGAAUGUAAAUUACAUUUGAAUCCCUCUCGUGUAUGUCCAACCUGUUUGAGAAAUAGUGAUGUGCGCGCGUGUUGCACAUGUAUAUAUAUGUUGCAAUGAUGAUAUAAUUUACUGUAUAUUUAUAAGAUUUGAAAGCUCUGACUUAGGGUUAUAUACGAACAGAUUUUUAUACUUUGCAUGUUAGUGACUGAGAUUGUCAAAUAGUGCAACAAAAAAACAAAAUAAAUAGAUUAAGGGUGCACACUACUUAUAGGAUUCAAUCAUUAUUUAAAUUUUAAACCUAAACACUAAAUUUUAAAUUCUAAAACCUAAAAUUUUAAACUCUAAACCCACUUAUCAAAACGCUAAACACUAAUCACUAAACCCAAAACCCAAAUAUAAAUCAUAAAUCCAAAUAGAAUACAACAAAAUAAAUAGCAUAGUACUUUUUUUUGAAAGAAAACAUAAUACAUAUUAGUGAAAUUACGAAUGUAUAUAAUUGUAUGGAAGAAGUUAAUACUGACUUCCACCUCAUCUACACUUUGUAAAUACUAAACCUUAAACCCCAAUUAUUAAAUCGUAAACCUAAAUAUAAAUUCUAAAUUUAAAUAUCACAAUCUAAAAAUAUUAAACUCUAAUUACUAAAUCAUAAACUCAAAUAUAAAUCAUGAACCCAAAUAUCAAAACCUAAAAAUACUUAACCCUAACCCUAAUUACUAAAUCAUAAACCCAAAUAUAAACUAUGAACCCAAAUAUCAAAAUCUAAAAAUUGUAUAUAAUAUUAUGUAAAAUUAAAUUAUAUAAUAUAGAUAAUUCAUUUCAUAGUAACAAUCUUAAUUAAACCCAAAAAAAGAGAGAGGAAACAUGAAAAUUAAAUCUAUUAAAAAAAAAUGAUGUUAUAUAUCUAAACAUAGGUUAUGCAAAUGAAAUUUUGGGAGAGGUAGUGCAACUACAUCUUCGGUGUUGAACACAGAGAGAAGGUCAUAUAUUUUUAUUUUUUCUAUAUUGAUCUAGUGUACUAUAAAUUAUGGUGUAGUGAUAGGUUUUACGGUUGGCUAAGAUAUAGGGGAUGUAGAGGAAUUACGAAAAUAGAACAGUGACUACAAGGACGUAUACCAGUUAGCUAAUUAUUUUAUUUUUCUUACCGAGCGCAAUUGCUCAAUAAUUAAUCUAUUGAAUCUAAAUUCAAUUUGUCAGCAUUAUGUAAAAUUAUAGUCAACGUACAAAUAAAUCUAUCAGGUCUUAAUUAAAUCUAUUAGAGUGAAGUAAACUUUUGGCAAAAAUAAAAAUAAAUUUAUCAAGUUUUAAUUAAAUCUGCCAACAUGACGUAUAUCUGUGUAAAAAAAAAAAUCUAUAGAAACUUAAUUAAAUAUGUCAAACUGAAGUAAAAUGUAUGAACAAAGAAAUUAAAUCGAUGAAUGAUGAAUAAAUAUAUCAGAAUUAAAUAAAUAUGUGGCCAGAAAUUAAAUCUGUCGAAUCAUCACUAAAUUUGUUAUUAUUAAAUAAUUUUGUUUUCAAAAUGUGACAAAUGUUUUUAAGCAAAACUGUCGAAAUUAACUAAAUAUAUGACCAAAGAGAAAUAGAUCUGUCAAACAUAAGUUUGUGACUACAUAAAAUAUAUAAAAAAUAAGUUUGUUCAAAGGAAGAAUCAUAAAUAUUGUUUUGUAACAAAUAAAGUAAGAGCAAAAUAGGUAUCAAAAACAAAAUAGUAAUAAAAAAUAAAAUUAGUGUUAAUCUAGUAAUAAAUUGAUAAGUAAGGAUUAAACUAAAUUAUUCAUAUUAACUCUUAUUUAUUAUGUAAUUAAAAGACUAAUUUAUUAAUAGUAAUGAUAUCAAUGGUCUUUAAGUUGGCAUGAGAUUUAUAAAUUAUGAAGGCAUUUAUUAGGUCAAUUUGCUGAAAGCUAGGAAGCAUUGAAUCGUCAGUGGUGGUGCACUUCUCGCUCUGGAAGUGGAGUUGGAAACAGAAGCACUCGGAAUCGCAUGUAAUCGACUUGGAAUCGUGAUUCCAAGAUUAAACUGUCUGGAAGCGUGAUGGAAUCUCACGAUGCUAAGAUGGAAGCGUUGUUGGUGUAGAUCGGAAGCGUUAGUGUGGUCGUAUUGUAAACACAACGGUGAUUACAAAAGAUGGCGUUUGAAGAAGAUGAUACUAUAAACAUCAGCUACUUUUACGGUGGUCCGUCCACAAACAUAACAACUUUUUUUUCUAUAAAC